AUGCGGGGCAUCGAAACGCCACAACAACUUCCUGAAGAAGGAAAGUGGUUUGAAACGUACCCACCAGUCAGCCAAGCUACGAAUGCGAAUGGAGAUUAUCGUGCCUACCCGCACCUGGCUGGCAAAUCACAAUUUAAGGCAAGCAUGACUCCUCGAGCAGAUAUCAUGGUCAGAAUCCUGGCCUCUCAGCCCAUCCCCCUUGAUCCGCAGUGCACUUUAUGUGAGCGCCAUCGUGGUUACAACGAACACCUUGGCGCUGAGAAGCACUGGAAGGCUCUUUAUCCCACCUACACUGGUGACGGUGUGGUCAUUUCACAAGUUCGAGACCGGGUGUGGAACAAAGUGAGGAUUGCCGGAGGGUGGGUUGCUUGA